UUUACGUCCCGUUGGUUAGCUGACAGCUGUUGUAGCGCUUUCCCCACACAAACAGCCGUGUCUGCAUGCCUCUGGUGGGUGUCCGGUGCUUCGUAAACUUUCGAACGACUAUCCUGGAUGUCGAGGAUGGGAUGUUUUGUUGAAUGAAGGGGACCCGUUAGAUGCCGACAGGAGGAUGAACUCCAUCACCGGUCGGGUUCUCGCCAUCCCCGCCGCCUCUGUCACCAACUCUGGAGCUUCAUCCUCUCGAGCCUUACAUGUAGAGCUCACAUCCCAGCAGAGACGAUUGCGUCAUCUUCGGAGCAUUGCAGCCAGAAACAUUGUCAACAAGAAUGGUUCCCCACUGCUGGACACAUACUUCACCCUCCACCUCUGCAUAGGAGACCGCAUAUCUCGAGGUUUUUACAAGAGUGAAGUCAUACGAGACUCACUGAAUCCAACUUGGCGGAGCCUGGACUUUGGCAUGCUGCCAGACCUUCUGGACACCUCUGUGUCUUGCUUUGUGGUGAGGAUCUGGGGAGGACAGGAGGAACAGUAUCAGCUCCUCAUAGAAUGGAGGGUCAAUCUGGAUGGCCUCAGAUACACAGGACAGCAGAUUCGAUCCAGGAAUCCCAAUGAGAUCAUAUUUGGAUUGAAUGAUGGCUACUAUGCAGCUGACUUUGAUCAUAAGGAUCAGUCGGAGCGGAAGAAAAACAGUCUGCUUCAGGUCGACCAGAGUUCAGUCAGGAACUCCUACAGCGUUUUUUCUUUGCUCAGGCUUCACACAGCGCAGAGAGCCAUCAAGCAGACCCAAGUGACAGUGCAGAAGAUUGGGAAGGAGAUUGAGGAGAAGCUAAGGACGACAGCGACCUGCACAGAGCGGAAGAAAGAACGGGAAUGCAUGCAGCUGCGUAUAGCCGUGCUGCGCAGUGAGCUGCAGCGUCAGAGGAAGGCGCUUGGCAGGGAGAUAGACCUGCGGCAGAAGGAGAGGGUACAGCUUCAGAAGAAAGAGGAAGUGUUCUCCGCUCAGCACGAGUGUCUGAAGGAAGAGAAAGAAUCCUUAACCAAGCUGCAGAAGGAAUGCACUGCCAAGAGAGAGCAGUUUCUCAAGUCCAACGCCCAGCUCACCUUCCGCUGUCGUCAGCUCCUCUCUGAGCUUUCCUACAUCUAUCCCAUUGAUGUGGCUAAUCAGUCAGAUUAUGUCAUCUGUGGAGUGAAGCUGCCAAACUCUGAAGACUUUCAAGCGAAGGAUGAUGGGAGCGUGGCAGUCGCCCUGGGUUACACUGCACACCUGGUCCUGAUGAUCUCGUGCUUCCUGCAGAUCCCUCUUAGAUAUCCAGUGAUCCACAAAGGUUCACGCUCCUCCAUCAAGGACACCAUCACUGACAGACUCACCGAGAAGGAGAGAGAAUUCCCCUUGUACCCGAGAGGAGAGCGGUUUCAUUUUGAAUAUGGGGUCUACUUACUGAACAAGAACAUCGCCCAGCUGAGAUAUCAACAUGGCUUGACCACCCCAGACCUGCAGCAGACACUACCCAACCUGAAGAACUUCCUGGAGCACGGUCUGCUGGUCCGAUGCGACCGACACCAUGUCUCCAGCUCAAUCCCGGUGCCGUCCAAGUCCCAGCUCGGCGUGUCUGCCGCCUCAGAGAUAGGCUACCCCUACCACACCAGCUCCCCAGACCGAGGCCUGAGGAAAAGGGCGAGCUCGGAGGCAGAUAAGUACAAGCCAACCCCUCCACCCAGCUACAAUACAGCCAUGGAUGAAGGGCAGCCCCCCGUUGGCCUGGCACCACCCUUGCCUUCACCCAAACACCUGUCCUCCUCCCUAGAUGCCGGCAUGACCUCACUUAACCUGACCACGGAGGCCAUCGAGGAGGGAGAGCAGAGGGAAGAGACGGAGCAGGGUGAGGAGACAGAAGCGAAAGUAGAGAGACGCAGUAGCGCCGAUAGAGAGAUUGAAUUGGAUAAAGAAGAAGAGACUGAAGAACAACCACCCAGCAGCUCAGGGGUGUCUAACUCCUCUACAGUGCAGGAAACUGGGGAGGAAAAAGUGGCUGCUGUUCAGCACACAGGCACCAUGAACGGCUCUGUGGUACCGGGACAGGCGCCCGUUAGCCUGGUCCCAGAGCUGCGCUGCUCUGUGGAGCAAGCUGAGGAAAUCAUGGGCACAGAGGCCACUGGCUUAGGCCUGGGGAUGGGGGUAGUGAUGGGGUUAGGGUUAGCAGAUGAGGCCCGGCUGGAAGACUAUCGCCGCAUCCCUGUGGACCACGCGGUGGCUGUGGAGUGUGACGAACAGGUGCUGGGCGAGCUGGACGUGGCCGGCUUUGAGGAGUUCUCCAGGCGCAUCUAUGCACUAAAUGAGAACAUGUCCAGCUUCCGCAGACCACGCAAGAACUCUGAUAAGUGAGGCCGAGGACCUAAGGAGAGAGGGAGGCAUGGAAAAAGUUGCACAGGGGGUUUGGACAAAUACAAGGCAGGGAGUUGAACUGAGACGACAAAGGUGGGGUAUUCACCUCCUAAUCGCAGCAUCAAAAAUCAUAGGAGCUGAUCUGGAAAAACGACCAAUUUGCACUUAUUGUAAACAUUUCCAUAAUAAUCUUUGAAAUGAAUACAGUUAAAAGUGGAAGUAUUGGAACAGUGAGCUUAACUUUUAUUUUUGAUGCCAGCAUCAGUCUAUUUUUUAACAAUGGAUACAGAACAAUAAUUCAGGCAUUUUUUAUUCACAAAAUGAUUUGGCCUCAGUGUAAAAAAAUCACCCUGUAGGAUUUAGUGUCGUCUGUUGUUCCACACCAGGGACCAUUCAUGUAUCACUUUCUUUUCAAACCUUUACUGCAAUACAAACCCUUUACUUCCUGUGCAAAACAUCAUCAUCUCUAAACUGCUUUUAAGAUUCCCAUCCACAGCCAGGAUGCAGAAUCAGUACACCAGGGUAGAAAAUGUUUCAGUGCAGCAGCUCCAAAUAAAAAACUUCUGCUUGCUUCUUCAUUUGCACAGUUUUUUUUUUUUUUAAAUGAGAUUUUAUGAAUUAACGAAUCAA